AUGUGUAUUAACACAAGGGCCCCCAGCCACACAGGGCCUCCAGUCACACAGGGCCCCAGUCACACAGGCCCCCAGCCCACAGGGGCCCCAGCCACAGGGCCCCCAGUCAUCACAGGGCCCCUCAGCCACACAGGGCCUCCAGCCACAGGGCCCCAGUCACACAGGGCCCCAGCCACACAGGGCCUCCACACAUACAGGGGCCCCAGUCAUACAGCCCCCCAGUCACAGGCCCCCCAGCCAUACAGGGCCUCCAGUCAUACAGGGCCCCCAGUCAUACAGAGCCCCAGUCACACAGGGCCCCCAGUCAAGCAGGGCCCCCAGUCAUACAGGGCCCCCAGUCAUACAGGGGCCCCAGUCAUACAGGGGCCUCCAGUCAUACAGGGCCCCCAGUCACAGGGCCCAGUCAUACAGGGCCCCCCAGUCUCAUACAGGGGCCCAGUCACACAGGGCCCCCAGCCACAGAGGGCCCCAGUCACACAGGCCCCCAGUCACUACAGGGCCCCAGUCACACAGGGCCCCCCACAGCACAGGGCUCCAGCCCACACAGGGCCCCAGUCAUACAGGGCCUCCAGUCACACAGGCCCCCAGUCAUACAGGGCCCAGUCACACAGGGCCCCCAGUCAUACAGGGCCCCCAGUCAUACAGGGCCUCAGUCACACAGGGCCUCCAGUCAUACAGGGCCUCCACACAGGGCCCCAGUCAUACAGGGCCCCAGUCAUACAGGGCCUCCAGUCAUACAGGGCCCCCAGUCAUGCAGGCCCCAGUCACACAGGGCCCCCCCAGUCACACAGGGCCCCCAGUCACACAGGGCCCCCAGUCAAACAGGGCUCCAGUCAUACAGGGCCCCCAGUCGACAGGGCUCCAGUCACAAGAGGGCCCCCCAGCACAGGCCCAGUCAUACAGGGCCCCCAGUCACAUACAGGGCCUCCAGCACAGAGCCCAGUCACAGGGCCCCAGCUCAACAGGACCCCCAGCCACACAGGGCUCCAGUCACACAGGGCCCCCCAGUCACACAGGGCCCCCAGUCAUACAGAGCCCCAGUCAUACAGAGCCCCCAGUCAUACAGGGCGCCCCAGUCAUGAGGGCCCCAGCCAACAGAGCCCAGUCAUACAGGGCCCCCAGUCAUACAGGGCCCCCAGUCAACAGGGCCCCCAGCCAUACAGGGCCUCCAGACACAGGGCCCCCAGUCAUACAGAGCCCCCAGCCACAGAGCCCCCAGCCAUACAGGGCCUCCAGUCAGCAGGGCCCCCAGUCACAGGGCCCCAGAACAUACACAGAGCCCCAGUCACACAGGGCCCCCAGUCAUACAGGGGCCCCCAGCCACAGGGCCCCCAGCCAUACAGGGCCCCAGUCACACAGGGCCCCAGCUCAACAGAGGCACCAGCCACAGACAGGGCCCCAGUCACAGGGCCCCCCCCAGCCACACAGAGCCCCCCAGCCACACAGGGCCUCCAGUCACACAGGGCCCCAGCCAUACAGAGCCUCAAGUCAUCACAGGGCCCCCCAGCCAUACAGAGCCCCCACAGCCAUACAGGGCCUCCAGUCACACACAGGGCCCCACACAGGGCCCCUCCAGUCAUGCAGGGCCCCAGUCAUACAGAGCCCCCAGCCAUACACAGGGCCCAGUCAUGCAGGGCCCCCAGUCAUGCAGAGCCCAGCCAUACAGGGCCUCCAGUCAUGCAGGGCCCCAGCCAUACAGGGCCUCCAGUCAUGCAGGGCCCCCCAGCUGCUGGCAGAGCCUCCAGCCAUUCAGGGCCUCCAGUCAUGCAGGCCCCCAGUCAACAGAGCCCCCAGCCACACAGGGCCUCCAGUCAUGCAGGGCCCCAGCCACAGGCCUCCCCAGUCAUGCAGGGCCCCCCAGUCAAUGGCAGGGCCUCCAGUCAUACAGGGCCUCCCAGUCACAGAGCCCUUAGCCACACAGGGCCCCAGUCACACAGAGCCCCCAGUCAUACAGGGCCUCCAGUCAUACAGGGCCUCCAGUCACACAGGGCCCCCAGCCAUACAGGGCCCCCAGUCAUGCAGGGCCCCAGCCACACAGGCCCCCAGCUACAGGGCCUCCAGUCAACAGAGCCCCCAGUCAUACAGGACCCCCCAGCCAUACAGGGCCUCCAGUCAUACAGAGCCCCCAGCCACAGGGCCUCCAGCCACAGGCCCCCCAGCCACAGGGCCCUCCAGCCAUACAUGAGCCCCCCAGCCAUACAGGGCCCCCUGUCACACAGGGGCCCCAGCCACACAGGGCCUCCAGUCAUACAGUGCCUCCAGCCAUACAGGGCCCUCCAGUCAUACAGGGCCUCCAGUCACAGGGCCUCCAGUCAUGCAGGGCCCCCAGUCAUCACAGGGCCUCCAGUCAUGCAGGGCCUCCAGCCAGCAGGGCCCCCAGCCACAGGGCCUCCAGUCAUGCAGGGCCCCAGCCACACAGGGCCUCCAGUCACAGGGCUUCCAGUCAUGCAGGGCCCCCCAGCCACAGAGCCCCCAGCCACACAGGGCUCUCCAGUCAUGCAGGGCCCCCAGCCAUACAGAGCCCCGAACACACAGAGUGCCCAGUCACACAGGGCCUCCAGUCAUGCAGGGCCCCCAGACACAGGGCCCCAGUCACACAGAGCCCCAGCCACAGGGCCUCCAGUCAUGCAGGGCCCCAGCCAUACAGAGCCCCCAGCCAACAGAGGGCCCCAGUCAUGCAGGGCCCCCAGCCAUACAGGGCCUCCAGCCACACAGAGCCCCCCAGCCACAUGCAGGGCCUCCAGUCAUGCAGGGCCCCAGCCACAGAGCCCCCAGCCACAAGGGCCUCCAUCAUGCAGGGCCCCAGUCAUACAGAGCCCCAGCCAUACAGGCCCAGUCAUGCAGGGCCCCCCAGCCAUACAGGGCCUCCAGUCAUGCAGGGCCCCCAGCCAUACAGAGCUCUCCAGCCAUACAGGGCUCAGCCACGCAGGGCCCUCAGCCAUACAGGAGCCCCCAGCCAUACAGGGCCUCCAGCAGGGCCCCAGCCAUACAGGGCCUCCAGUCACUGCAGGGCCCCCAGCGCCAGCUCAGAGCCCCAGCCACACAGGCCCUCCAUCAUGCAGGGCCCCCAGCCACACAGAGCCCCCAGUCAUACAGGGCCUCCAGUCAUGCAGGGCCCCCAGCCAUACAGGGCCUCCAGUCAUGCAGGGCCCCCCAGCCAUCACAGGGCCUCCAGUCCAUGCAGAGAGCCCCCCAGCCACAGCCUCCAGUCAUGCAGGCCCCCAGCCAUACAGAGCUCCGCAAGCCACACAGGGCCCCCAGCAUGAGGGCCUCCACAGCCAUACAGAGCCCCCAGCCAACAGGGGCCCCAGUCAUCAGCAGGGGCCCCAGUCAGCACAGAGCCUCCCAGCCAUACAGGGCUCUCCAGCCAUGCAGGGCCCCCCAGCCAUACAGGGGCCCAGUCACACAGAGCACCCCCAGCCAUACAGGGCCUCCAGUCAUGCAGGGCCCCCAGCCAUACAGGCCUCCUGA